AUGACUAAUUCGGAAUUGGAAGAAGAUCAGGGAAGGUACGAUGAAGAGGAAGAGGAAGAAGAAGAAGAAGAAUACGAACCUUCAUACUCGGUGAAAGAACUGGCAGAAAUCGUUCUUGACUUCUACAAGUUCCUCGCCACCCUCCACUACGACCGCUCAGACCUGCAUAUUCCACCUCCUGAAGGAUGGCCUCUCGAGUGCUUGCCCAAAAAUGUCAUAAGGAAGAAGUCCUCACGGACUAUUGAGCUUAUGCGCCACCUUCCUUAUUUUAAGGAGGCCAAGAAAUCAACCCAUUUGCAUUACAAGUGCAAGCUAUAUGAUUACACCGAUGCCGAACAACACGAUGGUAUACGGCUGAUCCCUUGUCCCGGUAGAGAAACUGAAGAAGCUGAAAGUGUGCCCGAACGAGAGGAACACAUUGAUCAGUCGGAAGUGUUGGCGCAGGAGCUUGAAUGGGGCACGGAUCUGGAUUGGCAAUUCGUGAGGCAAGUAUACCGAGAGUUUGGCUGGCCAGACGCGUUCCGGAGAGAGGAGGCUGUAAGGGUUAUCGAAGACUUUAUGGCAUUGAAGAGUAACGAGCGUGGCGAAUGGGAAGAAGCGUUCAACUGA